AUGGCACACCUGACCAUCCCAGAAGUAUUUGCAUUAUUCAUUUGUUUUUUCUUUGUGUUUAUAUCCACAAGAGCAUUGUCCUCCAACGUCCUUAAUCCCCUCAAGUGUCGCGUGAUUCCCGAGCAGUGUAAGGAACUCAUUUCGGUCUCGCCACUCACUGAACAGAAAAUGAACACCGUUUAUGACAGAACAAUGGCCGCCGCCAUGGCACAGGCACUCGCCGCCAACUCCAACAUGGCCUCCGACAAGGCACAGAUGCGCCUCUACCUCGACACACUCAAGGCCAUGGUGCCUCAGUGUCCCAAGAACCGCAAGGUGUCCAGACAGGAGCUCAUCGAGCACGUCAUCGACUACAUCAGCGACCUUCAGGACACCCUUCAGUCCGACUCGGACUCCGACAGUCGUCCAGGGAGUCCUAUGGACGCCGUCGCCUUCAGCGACUCCUUCAACCAGCAACCACAAUAUGGCGGUUAUGGCCUUCAACCCGACCAGUACUCCCUCGCCAACCAAGGUUUCUACUCCAGCGACAAUGACAAUGUUCUUCAUCAACCUCAACUCGGAAGCAAUUUAUCCCACGGGUAUUACUCCAUCGAUUCUGCUUCCAGUAAUUUCGUUAAUAAUUCCUACAGUGGCUACAGCGCAGACUACAGCAGUGGCUACAGCAGUGACGGCAGCAGCUUAAUUUCGUCAGUGGAUACAGCGCAGAUUACAACAGUGGCUACAGGAGUGACGGCAGAAACUGUACCGCAUACAGCACUAGACCGUACUGAAAUUAAUACAUUAAACAAAAUUAACGUGACUGAACUGGACGUGAGCGACAACGGCAUCACCAGCCUGGACGUCUCAUGUCUGGGCUCCCUCACCGACCUCACCUGCUCCAACAACGCCAUCACCUCCCUCACCCUCCACGCCGGAUCUCUCGUCUCCCUCAUCGCUAGUAAUAACCGGUUGAGCAGACUCGAGGUGCGCUACCAUCCCCGGAGGCUAGCUCGACUCAACCUCUCCAGGAACGAGUUAUCAGCUGUGCCGCCAUGGCUAGUUUCGAGUACAGAAGUCACACUGGUGGACGUGAGCCACAACAACCUCGCGUCGCUGCCUGCUUUCCUCACUUCGGGGCACCUGCGUCGCCUCCACACCCUCUCUGCUCACCACAACCAUCUCUCCAGCUUCAUGGUUCCCCAACGCGCAAUGUCUGAGCUACCCAGUAACCACUCGUACCCCAACGUAGCCCACAGUUCCUCUUCCACGCCGUACCGAUCGCAGCAUCACGGCCGAGAACAAGGCCAAGCUCAGAGCUCGUCCGCCAACCCACACGAAGAACCGAAGUGGUGUUCACUCGAGGUGCUUUUGCUACACCACAACCGCCUCACGUCUCUGCCCAGCUGUCUCUUCACUUGGCUUAGCAGAUUACGAGUUCUGAACGUGAGCGCCAACCAGCUGUCAGCUCUGCCGUCCCCUGAAGGACGACGAGGACGCGGGUCGCCAGAUGCCCGAGACGAGACGGGCCCUCAGACCAGCUUCCCGCUCCAGGAAGUCUAUGCAGCAGCUAAUAGACUCCGGGAUCUCACUCCUCUACAGCACUGUAGAGCUCUACGCAUCCUCCACGCGCCAUACAAUAGAAUAGCAAGCUUACAGGAUAGGUUGAUAUGGUCUUGGGAGUUACUGGAGGAGCUAGUACUGUCAGGGAACGUCUUGACGAAUGUGCCAGCUGGUGUGUCCCGUCUGCGCCGUCUUCGAGUCCUAAAAGUCCAUUCUAACCCUCUGCGUUGCCUUCCCCGCCUGGCUCACCUCUCUGCUCUGAAGGUAGUGGACGCGUCUCACUGCCAGCUGGGUCGAGUCGAACUGGAGGAGCUGGUCUCGCCGGGGCUGGUGGCGCUCGACAUCUCGGCCAACACAGCGCUUUCCCUCGACCACCAUCAGUUUACAAAGUGCAAGUCUCGACGGCCAGUAAACGUAGUCGAUGUCACCAGUCGUUCCGGGCGGUCCCUGCCCUUAACCAAGCCCCACGCCUCUCAGCUCGCGUCGUCCCAAGACCCAGGCUUCAGAGGAAAGGGCGACGCUUUCCCCAAGCUGCCCUGGACGUUAGGCUUCGCUGAAACCAUUGGCAGAGACUCAAAGUUGACUGUAGGCCAGCUGAGGGUGCCAGAUAUAGCGGGCGAAGGGCGUGUCGGUGUCGCGGCCUUGGCAGACGGAGGCCAAGAAGUAGGGUGCGUCGGAAGCCUCCUGACCGCACUCCCCGCGUUACUCCAGGAGGAAAGAGCUUGUUCUCGCUCGCACACUUAUGCUCUUAAAUAUGCGCUUCUUACCGCCCUGAGACGACUGCGGUCCCAGGGAGCUCCCUUACCUAGUGCAGUGUGUGCCGCUCACUUAGAACUCGAGGGCGUCGAGUCUUCCCGAUGCCCUGUCCUCCGCCUCUGCUGUUACGGUGCUGUUUCUGCCGCUGUGACGACGACGCACGGGGAACCCAUUUUCGUCACAACAUCGUCUCCUCGAACGCAACAGAACUGUGUAAGAAGCUGUGAUGACGGCGUGAAGUGUGCGUUGGGUGAGCCCGUCACUUUGCCCGAUCCACACACGACAGAGUUGUACCUGGGGCCACAUCACACCGCUGUUGUGAUUGGGAGUGCGAGUUUUUGGGACGUUAUCGGGACAGAUGAAGUGGCGAACGUGUGCAGUGAGAUGACCGAUCCAGGCAAAGCAGCCAACUGCUGGACCUGGCACAGGGAUACGGCACCCGCCAGGCCCUUAGUGUCAUCGUCGUGCGCUGCCAGCGCACCACAAGUGGCAGGGACGCUCGGCCGUAGAGAGCGCGCAGUUAAGCUCAAGUAG